CAACAACGACCAAUCAUUUCCCUGGCUAACGUUAACCUUUUGCCUCGACUUCAAACCAGAGCCACAACAGUUUCUCCACGUAAACUGGAGGAAAAACACUCGCUUAUUGAACUGGGAAACUCAAAACAACUUGAAAUGGCUACCGUUCACCUUUCAACUCAAAUUCUCAGGCCCGUCACCGCCGCUUUCGUCAGUUUCCGACGAGUUACCACCGUCGGCAUCCCUUCUACCUCUCCUUCUCCUCCUGUAACAAUAUUCAAAACAAGAAAAGAAGCCAUUCCCACGAACCAGAAGUUCAAGUGGGCACGUAAAUUAAGCCUAGUGGACCAAAGCAGCCCGCCAAAGCCAACUGUUGAUGUUGAAGGGCUAGUUAGUUUCUUGUAUGAUGAUCUUCCCCAUCUCUUUGAUGAUCAAGGGAUUGAUCGGACGGCAUAUGACGAGCAGGUCAAGUUCAGGGACCCAAUAACAAAGCAUGAUUCGAUCAGUGGUUAUUUGUUUAACAUUUCUUUGUUGAAGGUCCUCUUUAGACCUUUCUUUCAAUUGCAUUGGGUCAAGCAGACAGGACCUUAUGAGAUAACAACAAGGUGGACUAUGGUGAUGAAGUUCAUGCUUUUGCCUUGGAAACCUGAACUGAUCUUUACUGGAACUUCUGUCAUGGGCAUUAACCCUAAGAAUGGAAAGUUUUGUAGCCAUGUGGACUUUUGGGAUUCUAUAGAGAAUAAUGAGUAUUUUUCGCUGGAAGGUUUAUGGGAAGUGUUUAGGCAGUUGCGGAUUUAUAAGACUCCUGACUUGGAGACACCCAGAUAUCGGAUACUGAAGAGGACUGCAAACUAUGAGGUAAGGAAAUAUGCACCAUUCAUAGUGGUAGAAACAAAUGGAGACAAGCUGUCAGGGUCAACUGGCUUUAAUGCUGUUGCUGGGUAUAUCUUUGGUAAGAAUUCUACAACAGAGAAGAUACCAAUGACUACUCCGGUCUUCACCCAGGCACUUGAUCCUGAAUUAUCUGAGGUGUCCAUCCAAAUUGUUCUUCCAUUGGGGAAAGAUAUAAGCAGUCUGCCAGAUCCUAGUCAAGAAACAGUUAACUUGAGAAAGGUAGAAGGAGGGAUUGCUGCAGCAUUGAAGUUCAGUGGAAAACCAACAGAGGAUGUUGUUUGUGAGAAAGAGAAAGUAUUGCGCUCUAGUCUUGUUAGAGACGGUCUUAAACCUAGGAUGGGUUGUUUGCUUGCCCGCUACAAUGAUCCAGGACGAACAUGGAGCUUUACAAUGAGAAAUGAAGUGCUAAUUUGGCUUGAGGAGUUCACUUUGGAUUAGCAAGACCGCUCCCUGCAGAAUGUCAUUCUUCCCGAUCUUGAAUUGACCAUGACACUUUCUUGUAAGUUUAAAUUAAGGAAACAGUAUAGGCUUUCCCUGAAAGAAUUUUUCAGUUAGCUGAGAAACUUGCAAUGUAAAAAGCAUUUUGUUCCUUCCUAAAUUGUUGGACAUGUAGCAAAAUAAACUAUCCAAAAGUGAAAACUGUAUAAACCUGGGCACUCUCUAUAAUCAAUAUCAGAGGACAGUUAAGAUCAAACCAAACAGUAUACACUCUCCAGCAGCAGUGCCUUUGAUUUGCAAUAUGUAAAUUAACUUACAAGCUGAAGCUAUAUUACCUAAUGGGCCUUCUAACUUCCUCAUCUGAUUAAUUGCUGUCAAAAUUCAGUAAAAUUUCUAUUGAGCGAUUGUUGCAUGCAUGAAAAUCUUGCCUUUUAAGUUUGCAUUAGUGAGCUGAAGCAUGAUGCUUUCGUUCAUUCAUGUCGACAACAGCUAGGCAUGGACCCUUAUGAAUAUUCAAGCCAUGUCUCAAGGUGAUGGAGAAGAAA